CAACAAUGAAUUGUCAUUUUGCUUAAAAAUAUUUUUGCCAAGUAGGCAGGCACAAACUUUUUAAAAAUUAUUGAUCCAGUUAUUCGAAACAAAAGAAAUGAAAUUUCUUGUAGUAAUACUUUACAUUGCAUUGGGUGCCGAGGGCGCUAUUCCAAAAGAUUGGAAUCCAUAUAAGACAGUGCAGGGAGAUAAUGCUGGAAAUAAAAGUAUGCACAUUCUAUCUUUUUGUAAUCAGUUAUGGCUUUACAUUUUUCUUUCCAAGAAAGCAAAGACCAAGAUUCCAGGUUGUGAAGCCUGUUCGAUGACAUAUAUUAACCACGGGAAUAGAACAGGCUAUCAGUGUCAUUAUGUAGAUGGCACUGCUGUUAGAACCAGAUUCGGAUCAACUGAAUAUGAGUACCCGGAAUGCGUUCCAAAGCAAUAUGAGCUAACUCGAGAUAUAAAGGAGUACUGCUGCUUCUGGUCACCGGAAUUGGGUUGCACGUCACUUUUUGGGGAUACAUCCCCCGAUGGAUUUUUGAAAAGCUGCAAUCGAUGCCGGGACCUUUGCGACUAUCAACAGGCCGAUGAUAACUAUGAUGACAAUAGCGCUAGGAAUCCGAAUUCUGAACAUAUCUCGAUCAUACUGCUGGCUCCACUUUUUCUGUUUCAAUUAGGGUUAUCAUCAUGAACAGUUCUAGAAUCAUGUUGAAAUUGAAAUAUCGAAUGUUCAAGCUCAAAAUGUUGCUAGAACUAUUCAUUUUGAAAUCAUUGACAAGUUACCCAAGUUGACAGCGACUCA